GCCUUGAUGAAGCAGCAAUACGGCUGUGCACGCCCUUUCCACCCUUCAAAGAUCUCCUGAUUGCAGCACUCGUUACUGAACACUCAUUUAACCAGAUCGAGAGAUACCGCCCUGGUCCUGGGACGGCGAAUGGCUUGGAGCGAAAGCAGACCGAAGUACCAGAUGCCGCAUUAAAAUUUGCAACACACGCGACCCUCCUUUGUCACGGUCUUAAACAUCCCAACAUAGCAUUCCAAUCGCUCUUACAAACUACCCCUACACCACCUGUUCUACGUCAUCGUCGAGGUAGAAUGUCAGUCACGAACGGCAUCUCAGGCGGGCUGCGAUGGCUGGCCAACGAGCUCGGCCUUCACACCAUGAGCUCCGCUGGUAGGGACGUUUACAUCAUUAUUUUGGCCCGAUACCUACGUCUCAUGGCCUACGGCGCUGUAGCGCUUAUUCUUGCAUUGUACUUUGAAGAGUUGGGUUUCUCGGACGCACAGAUCGGUCUUUUCAUGACACUCACUCUACUUGGAGACGUCUGCAUCAGUCUGCUCCUCACGCUUGUUGCGGAUGGUCUGGGACGGAGAAGGACCCUUCUACUUGGGGCGCUAUCCAUGGCGGUUUCAGGCGCCGUGUUCGCUCUCACCAGCAACUAUGUUGCAUUGCUAUUUGCAGCCAUCAUCGGUGUCAUAAGUCCCACGGGCAAUGAAAUCGGACCUUUCCGCGCGAUUGAAGAGUCGACGCUUGCGCAUCUUGUCUCUGAAGAGAAGCGAAGCGACAUUUUCACAUGGUACGUUGUCUUAGCCGUGCUGGGCACAUCUUCUGGUUUGAUUGUUGGCGGAAUUUCAGUGGACUAUAUGCAGAACCUGGAAGGAUGGACAGAGUUGGACGCAUAUAGGGCCAUGUUCUGGAUAUACACAGCUCUUGGCUGCGUCAAGGCGCUUAUGACGUUGGUCUUGAGCGACAAAUGUGAGCAUGGUGCUCAUGAAGAACAGGCAGAGGGUGGCGAGAGGGAGCCACUCAUGAAUGGACAUGGAGGGAACGACAAUAGCAGCCCUCCGCCGUCUCCAGUUGCGAAGAAUAAGGCAAAAUGGUGGGAUGUGUUCAGCCAGAUAUCGAAGCCUACUCGCUGGACCCUGCUCAAGCUGUGCAGCCUCUUCUUCUUGGACUCGUUAGGAAGUGGCAUGGUCCCGUUCUCGCUUAUCAACUUCUACAUGGACCGCAAAUUCAAAUUGGAAAAGGGAAAACUAGGUGGCAUCAUGUCAGCUACAUGGUUCAUUUCAACAGUCGGCAACAUUUGGUCAGCAAGCCUGGCGAAACGCCUCGGGCUGAUACAAGCCAUGGUGGUCACACAUUUGCCCAGCUCCAUCUUCCUUGCUCUGCUUCCUGCCCCGCCCCAACUAUCUUUCACCAUCUGUCUUCUGGUAGCACGAGCAGUCCUGAACAGCAUGGAUCAAGCGCCCCGAUCGGCCUUUUUAUCUACCGUAGUCCUUCCGCAGGAGCGCACUGCAGUCAUGGGCGUGGUAAACAUCUUCAAGACUCUCUCACAAUCAGCCGGGCCGUCGGUCACUGGCCUGCUCGCAGGCCGCGGUCACUUCUGGGUCGCCUUCGUGGCUGCAGGGUCGCUCAAAGGCACGUACGACCUGCUGCUGCUGGCGUUCUUCGCAGGGAGAGUACAUCAGCCACCCGAAACGGGUUUGGUGGGACAAAUUGGCGCAAAUGCCGUAGAGCCGCGGACUGGAGACAGCAAUACCUUGGAAACAGGACUCAAUCAAGCCCCUGAAACAAACCCAGACAUUCCAGAAGACGAAUCGGACGCUGGCGUCACGUCGGCAACGAGGAUCACUUCUCAGGCCGAAGACGGAGCGGUGGCGAGGAGCCCCUUUGGGCCGGUCUCAGCCCUACGCAUAGUGCCCGACACCGCUCAAGAUAUCAACCAAGAUCUUGUUCAGCUCAGUGCACAUGCCGACGUCCUUCUAGCAGUUGGCUUCUUUCACUCUCAUCGCCUCCUCUGGACACCAAACUCGCCUCCUCUGGACACCAAACUCGCCUCCUCUCACUGUCACCAUCGCCGAACCUCCCCGAUUGGUGCAUCAUCAAUGGCUCGGGCCCUCCAAACGAGGCGCCACAGGAUCUUGUACCUGGACGCAUACGACUCAUCCUCAAACAGCAUCAUUGCUCAAGUUGAGCAGAGCAUCGAUGCUGAAAUCGUUAAAUGCUAUAUCGACAGCGACCCGGAUGCUUGGAUCGUGCCAGAGGCAGCAAAGGCACACGCUGCUACUCCUGCAGCAUUCAUAGAGUAUGCCAGAACCUUUGACGGGGUCAUUGCGGGACCUGGGCCUGGCUCAGCAACAUGUGACGAAGACGUAGGCUGGAUGAGAGUGUUAUGGAAACUUCAAAAUGACCAUAUGGUACCUGUUCUCGGUAUCUGCCUGGGUUUUCAGUCCAUGUGCUUAGCCUUCGGAGCCAGCAUCGAGAAGCUUUCAGAACCACGCCAUGGACUGAUUGCUAGUAUUUUGAAUAACGGUUCAUCCAUCUUCAGCGGCACCAAGCAGCUGUCCGCCACUCAGUACCAUUCAUUACACAUCAUGCUUCAUCACCGAAUACAGACAAAAAAAUCUGUGCGUUAUCCUGCAGAAUUGUGGGAGCCCACCGAGGAGUGUCCGGAACUCCAGCCGCUGGCUUGGGACUUUGACAAUAAGCAAAACGGGGCUAUUCUGAUGGCUGCGAGACACACCACCAAGCCCUUUUGGGGCGUACAGUUCCACCCUGAAUCGAUCUGUACGAAUUCUGAGGGCGUUAGAAUAAUCAAGAAUUGGUGGACCGAAGCUACUUCGUGGAACCGGAGGCGCGAUAUGACGACGCUCCCCAUUAACGAUUUGGCCCAUCACACCGCCAGUAAUGGGGCGUCCCAGCCUAAACUGUCGUCGAUCGAGGCCCUCGCUAUGCGUCUUGUACAGGGAAACGAAACGUCACGAGCAACAGUUCUCGAUGUGCAAUGUGCUACAACGGGAAGCGGACGAUUGACUGUAUCGGACGUUGUGGAGCUCUUCGACAGCCCUCGUGGCGAAGCGAUAGUGCUCGAGUCGGGCCUGCAUCGAGACCUACGUCCGAUGGAAGCAGGCACCGGCCGCCAUAGCAUCAUCGGACUGAUCAUCCCUGGCGAGACCAUGCGUCUGCACUACUAUACUCAAAAUCACGUUAUGGAGCUCAGGGAUGGUCAUGACCAAGUAGUGCAGAAAUGGAAUACACGAGAUCCAUGGCAAUGGGUAAAGGGCGUUAUGACACACUUGAGAAGUAUGCUUGGACAGAAGCCAAAGACGACGACAUGGGCACCAUUCUGGGGCGGCUUCAUGGGCUAUGCAUCAUAUGAAGCAGGGCUGGAGACGAUCGAAGUUCACUCGACACAAGAAGCUGAAUGUCCCGACAUUUGCUUCGCUUAUAUAACGCGAAGCGUUGUGAUAGACCAUCAGCUGAAAAAGUUAUAUGUCCAGAGCAUACGCAGCAUAGACGACCAGCCCUGGGUCAGUGAGUCUUUAGAGAAGUUGUACGAUGCUGUGGGUAGAAAGAGCUUGGAGUCAACUCCAAACCCAACACCACUGCCCAGGCCAAACCCCUUCGAGCAUCAAGACACCACAAUGAGUACAUACAUCGCUUCUUGUACCCGAUCAGUCGUUCAUCAGGAGGACUACUGCGCUUCUGUUGUAUCAUGUCAAAGGCAUAUCGCAGAUGGUCAAAGCUACGAACUCUGCCUCACGAACACGAACAAGAUUCUCGCACGUCGGCCCCGCAUCUGCCGCCUUUCAAAAUCAGAGGACAACGAACUCUCGUGGAAACUCUACAAGCGUCUUACUGCUCGCAACACCGCACCUUUUAGUGCGUACAUGCGCCUUCACAAUGUGCACAUCUUGAGCUCAUCGCCCGAACGGUGUAUCAGCUGGGAUCGCCAGCAGAUCGCGCAGUGUCGUCCAAUCAAAGGAACCGUGUCAAAAGCUCGAGGUCUUACGGCAAUAGACGCACACAAUAUCCUCUCCACUCCCAAAGAGCGCGCCGAGAACUUGAUGAUUGUUGACCUUGUGCGACAUCAACUCCAUGGCGUGUACGGCGCAGGUAAUGUGCACGUGAGUCAGCUUAUGCAAGUGGAGGAGUACGAAACAGUUUGGCAACUCGUUUCGGUCGUUGAAGGUAUCCCAUCCUCCAUCGCUAGCCGGCAACUGCAGACGCCAGACGAUUCAUGGUUGGACAAGACAGAUUUAGCUUCCCCACCAACUUCGCAUAAUCAAGAUGCAGAACAGAUGCUUGGCUUCGACGCGUUCACUCAAUCGCUACCGGCAGGCAGCAUGACCGGUGCACCCAGGAAACGUUCCUGUGAACUCCUCAAAGCCCUUGAACACGGCCAGCGCCGCGGCAUAUACUCGGGCGUGCUAGGAUAUCUCGACAUUGGCGGUGGAGGCGACUUCAGCGUCGUCAUUCGCACCGCUGUAAAGAUCGACGCGCCCAAUGCAGCAUCCGCUGUCGAAGACGUCUGGAGUAUCGGCGCCGGUGGAGCCAUUACUGCGCUCAGCCACCCGCAAAGCGAGUAUGAUGAGAUGCUGGCCAAGUUCUCGAGUACAGCGGCGGCCUUUGAGGAAGAUAACGGAAUUGAAGAGGUGGAGAAAGAGACUGAUUUGAGGGGCAUUUGGAGUAGGCUUAUGGAGGUCGAAGAGCCUGACGAUGGAGAAGAUCACGUCUUACCGUCAGCACCGUUGCUUCUUAGGACGUUGCAGGAUUUCCAGGCGGGGCUCUUGUCCGGUGUCAUGAGGACUACGGAUGGGAUUGUCAGAGGGAGGGACUAGAGAGGUAGGGAAUGUUUCGUUUUCAGUUUUAGAAAGGAUAUACCACAGUGUGCACACGCACGAUACCCCAUAUAGCGACAUUAUAGCAACGAAUCAAGUAGAUAUUUCUUCUCGUC